GAGAGAGAGAGGGUCACUUUCCUCAGGCCUGAUGGAUAUUUUUCAUUCCAUAAUGUCCCAGCCGGUACUCAUCUUAUUGAAGUGUCUGCGAUUGGUUAUUUCUUUUCUCCAGUUCGUGUUGAUGUUAGUGCCAGAAACCCGGGUAAGGUUCAGGCAACACUCACAGAGAUCAGGAGGAGUCUGAAUGAGUUGGUUUUGGAGCCUUUGAAAGAGGAGCAAUAUUAUGAGAUGAGGGAACCUUUCUCCAUAAUGUCUGUUGUGAAAAGCCCAAUGGGUUUGAUGAUGGGUUUCAUGGUGAUCGUGGUGUUCCUAAUGCCCAAGCUAGUAGAAAACAUGGAUCCUGAAGAGAUGAGGCGAGCACAAGAAGAGAUGAGGAACCAGGGGGGCUGUUAUGGUUGUUGCUGA